CGCCGCCAUACGGCACAGGCUUAGCCUGGACCGGGAGGCCCUAUAUAAGGGGGUUUGGUUUUCCCUUUUUCUAAUUCAUUCGCAUUUGGAAGAAUUCUCAAUCCUUCGACGACGAAAAUUCUCUCUUGGUUCUCAAGCCCUUCUUCUUCCAGAUGGCUCGUACGAAGCAAACUGCUCGCAAAUCCACAGGUGGCAAGGCUCCCAGAAAGCAGCUUGCUACUAAGGCUGCGCGUAAGUCGGCUCCCACAACCGGAGGCGUGAAGAAACCACACAGAUAUCGCCCAGGAACAGUCGCUCUUCGAGAAAUCCGCAAGUACCAGAAGAGUACUGAGCUUCUAAUUCGCAAACUCCCAUUCCAGAGGCUUGUUCGUGAAAUUGCUCAAGAUUUCAAGACAGAUCUGCGUUUCCAGAGCCACGCGGUUUUGGCCUUGCAAGAGGCCGCUGAAGCUUACCUUGUUGGGCUGUUUGAAGAUACCAAUCUCUGCGCUAUUCAUGCCAAGCGUGUUACAAUAAUGCCUAAAGAUAUCCAACUUGCCAGAAGAAUCCGUGGUGAAAGAGCUUAAUCAGCAUCUAAGAUUAGAACCAUGCAUCAAAUAUAUUUUUUUUCUUUUUUUCUUUUUCGUUCGAAUUGCAAUCGGUGUGUAAAUUGUGGUUUGCCAUAAUAAACACAAUCUUACUUUUACCUUCAAGAACAUUAUUAUUGGUGUCAAAUUACGUUGAUUGUCGGUUAUCCUUGGAAUUCAAUUUGCGUACUUUGUAAUUUAAGCUACUGAUUUAUCUCAUACAAAGAAUAAUGUUGUUACGAA